AGGAUACUGUGUUUCUACUGAAAGAUAUGGUGGCUUACGAUGAAGUGGGUAGCUUGGUGCCUAUCAAACGGACUCUGCAAGUGACAGACUGCCAGAACCAGGCCAACAAGGAGUUAGAGGAACCCAGCAACAAGCACGUCCGUUCUCUCGGCAGGGUGACGUCGCUAGCCAACCUCAUUUCUCCGGUAAAGAAUGGGGUCUUCCGGCGCUUCGCCCAAACCAUCAAGGCCUCUUUCUGGGGCGAUGGCAAGUUGCCAGGCAUGCCCCAGAAGCCUUGCAGCAAGGCAGCGGCCCCCACACCACCUAAAAGGAGGAACAGCACCUUAUGGUCCGAGACAUUAGACAUCCACCAGAAAGGAACUUUCUCCACCAAAGAGAUCAAGCGGCAAGAGGCCAUAUUUGAGCUGUUUCGUGGAGAACAGCAUCUGAUUGAGGACCUGCAGCUUGCAUGCAAGGCGUACCACGACCCGAUGCUGAAGCUGUCCAUCAUGUCAGAGGAGGAGCUUACUCACAUUUUCGGCAACUUGGAUGCCUACAUCCCACUGCACGAGGACCUUCUGGCGCAGCUCUCCAAAGCCACGGGGCCAGACAGGACCGUGGGCCAGAUUGGGCAAAUUGUUAUUAGCUGGCUGCCCAGGCUCAAUGCCUACAAAGACUACUGCAGUAACCAGCUGGCAGCCAAGGCGCUGCUGGACCAGAAGAAGCAAGACCCACGUGUGCAGGACUUCCUGCAGCGGUGCCUCGAGUCACCUUUUAGUCGGAAACUGGACCUGUGGAGCUUCCUGGACAUUCCCAGAUCCCGCCUGGUCAAGUACCCCCUACUGCUCAAGGAAAUCCUGAGACACACUCCAGCAGAACACCCCGAUGCUGCCAGCCUGCAGGAAGCUAUCACUGUCAUCCAGGGAGUUUUGUCUGACAUCAACAAGAAGAAAGGGGAGUCCGAGUGCCAGUACUACAUCGACAAGCUGGAGUAUCUGGACGACAGGCAGAGGGACGCUCGCAUCGAACGGUGCAAGAGUCUUCUGUGUCACGGGGAGCUGCGCAACAAGAGCGGCACGAAGCUGCACGUGUUCCUGUUCACCGACCUGCUGAUCCUGACCCGCCCCGUCACCAGGAACGAGCGCCAGUGCUUCCAGGUGUACCGGCAGCCAAUCGCAGUGCAGGAUCUGGUGCUGGAGGACCUGCAAGAUGGCGAUGUCAGAAUGGGCGGCUUUUUCAGAGGAGCCUUCAGCAAUGCAGACAAAGCCAAGAACAUUUUCCGGGUACGUUCCCAAGACCCGAGCCAGGCACAGUCACACACUCUGCAGGUCAACGACGUCUUCCACAAGCAGCAGUGGCUCAACUGCCUCCGUAGUGCCAUUGCCGUCCACCAGCCUCUGAGCGAGCCCUCCAGCCCCAGCCCGCCUACAGGCAGCGUCCGUUCCAAGCGCCGCCCUUCCUCCGUUUCUGCCAUCAUCCACAUGGAGGAAGCAGACGAGAACUACCCGCAGCCAGGCUCUCAGUCGGCCCCCGCCUCACUGUGCAACAGCCCCACCACUGCGUCCCCUUCGCCUCGCUCCCCGCCAUCGUCCACGACGUCCGUGUCAUCGACGUCAUCCUCACCCACGACACAUAAAACCAAAAAGGACAAGAAGGCUCUGUGUUCUUUAGGGAAGAGAAAAGAGACGAUGGUGUGAGGUGGAGCGUUGGUAAAGAACGUGGAUGGACCUCUUUGUUUUUCCUGUACAUAAAACAGCACAGCACAUUUAUGAGUGUCUGCGUGUUAUUACAGCAGUGUUCUGUUACUGUCCUCCUUGGCAGCUAUUUACCUUACUCCUCCAUCCAAGUGCAUCCCAUAGAGACACAGUAUUCUGGAGGGGGGUGCACGUGGUUCAGCUCUAAAAGGGAAGCAUGACAAGAAGUAAACCCACGGUUCACACUCGGUGUGGCCAGUUUGCUGAGUUCUUGAAGAAAGAGUUGGUGCAUCAGAUCCUGUUUACUAUAAAGUUCAUAUUUAAACAUUCUUUUAGACCUUUCUUUGGGGGAUAAUACACUUUAUAUUUUCAGAUCUAUCCUAGUAUUGUUUUAGGUAUUGUAAAGCAGCAGAGUUUUAGCUGUUAGGGCAGGUUUUUGAACAUUUGCCAAUGUCAAGGUGAAAGACAA